AUGAAUUCAAUUCCUCAAGGACUGGAGAGAUUGACCGGUCUUUGGAUUUUGAGCGGUUUAAUUGCAGGAAGAGGAUCGACAAAGUUGGGAUACUUGAAAGAACUAAACCAACUUCGAGGAUCUCUAGAACUUAAUCUAGAAGACUUGAGUGAGUUAGAAGACUUGGUUGACGCUGAGAAUGCAGAAUUGAAAAAUAAGAUAUACAUUCAAGAGUUGGAAUUCACUUUUUAUGGGGAGGUGAGGGUGGACAUAAUGGAGGCUCUUCAACCACCUCCAAACCUGCAUCAUUUAGGAAUGUAUGGAUACAUAAGCACCCAAUUCCCAGUGUGGAUCACCACGUCCCUUAACUAUUUAAGGGUGCUUCGUUUCGAAGGAUUUACGAAUUGCUCAUAUUUGCCCCCUUUGGGAAAACUGCCGAUGCUUGAGGAGCUUCAUAUAGCAUUCAUGGAUAGCAUGAAAUACGUGGGCAACGAAUUCUUGGGAAUAAUGGAGACAAUCCAGGAACUACCGAAUGCGGGACCUGCAUUCCCCAAGUUGAAGAUAUUGCGUUUUAUGUUUUGUGACAACUGGGAAAAGUGGCAGGAUAUAACUGGGGAUGAAAAAGACCAUCUCUCAAUAAUGCCAUGUCUCAGGGAGUUAGAAAUCGUUGAUUGCAACAAGUUAAAGGCAUUGCCACAUUGCCUCCUUCGUAUGGCAUCGUCUCUGGAGUAUUUGACCGUCGAGGACUCCUUAUGUCUAGCUUCACUUUACGGGGACAGGACUGGUGACGAAUGGGACAAGAUAUCUCACAUUCCCCACAUUAAGGUAGACAGGUAUGAUUUUUGUUCAAGAGCGUCUGCUCUUAUCAAAAUUUUGGGGCAUCGGAGUGUAAAUAACAAUAUUUUGAGUUGA